UAUUACAAAAAGUAAACAAUCAUAUAUUGAAUAUGCGGCGGGCAUUCUAACAGCGUAUAGUAGGUCUUUAUCCAACUGUGAAAUCUUUGCCGGCUCAGUUUAGAACUUCUAAUGAUGAAAAUGUAUUAGUCCAAAUAUAUACAAGAUGAAAUCUCUCGGAGUUUCUGUGGUCUUGUAUCUACUAGGAUUCCACUUUCUCCGAAGUGGAAUCUGUGAGAAACAGACUUUCUUUCACAGGAAAACGGGCAAGUAUUUGCCAGAUAGUGUGAUCACAUCAAGAUAUGCUGGGAGUAGUAUGGAGUGUUCAAUAUAUUGCACAAGAACCGAGGGAUGUGUUUCGGUGAAUUACAAAGCAAGCGGACAGGAUGAAGGUCUGUGCGAGCUCAACAACAACACAAUCACAGAAAAGACAACCGUUGACAAUGAUGAAUUCGUCUAUCUUUCUAUUGCCAUUUGGAGUCAAAAUAAUGACGCCAUAUUACCAGAAAUAGGUAAUGAUUUACGGAAUCAAAUCAACAAACCAAGCUGCAAAGAACUAUUGGAGGAAGAUGUGAAUCUACAAAGCGGAAUUUAUCAUCUGCAAUCCAAUUUUUCUGGGGAAAAAUAUCCAGUUUACUGUCUCAUGGAUCACAACUUUGAUUGCGGUUCGGGAGGCUGGACAUUGGUUAUGAAAACAGAUGGAAAAUUGAGCACAUUCACAUAUGCUUCGCCUUACUGGACGAACAAUAAAAGUUAUGCAGUUGAAGAUGGACUUGAAGGACUAACAGAGAAAGAAAGUAAACUGGCCUCUUAUUGGAACACUCCUUUUAAGAAAAUAUGUCUUGGUAUGACCGUUAAUGGUGACAGAAGAUGGAUAGUGUUGAAUUAUGAAGCCAGUUCGCUGUACAGUUUGAUCGCAGACGGGCAGUAUCGAAAUACAAGCGCUGGACGGGCCACGUGGAAAUCUCUGAUUGCAGACUCAUCUUUACAACCAUUCUGCAACCAAGACGGUUUUAGCAUUACAAAAACAUACAAUAAGCUUUAUGUACGUAUUGGACUUUACGCAAAUAAUCAAAAUGAUUGCGGAACGCCUGAUUCAUGCAUUGGAUUUGGCAUCUCCUAUAACUCCUGUGGCAUGACGUCUAACAUAACAUGCGGUAAUAUUGCACAAUGUAGUGGCACCGAUAGGGGAAAGAGACUUACCGCCGCAUUCGGAUAUAUUUUAGUUCAAUAGUCCAUGAUGCAAAUGAAAUAUACCAGACUCGACGAAACUGUCAACUGCAAAGAAACAUGAAAGCUAGCCUGUAUGAAUGCAGUAAGAAUUAAGUUAUAAUAGGGAGUUUGAAUGUUUGAUUAUAUAAGCUUUGCAAUUUCUGGGAAACCUGCAAAUGGCAGGUUCGAACUUGUUCACAGAAUUCAUUUU